AUGAAGGCCAUAAAAGCCGCUCGCGAGCGCGAGAUCGAGGCGAACAUCGCCCUCCAGGAGCGCGAGAUUGCCGCGCUGGAGCAAGAGAAGACCGAGCUGCAGUCUUUCAUGACCACGGCCAACCCGAAAAUGCGCGGCGACCCGCUGCUUGCUUCUUUCCCUGUGCUCGUCUACUGCGGCAGGAGGCCGCGCCAAAAAGUUCAGAAUGUUUCCGUGGAGCAGUACGGGAACAUAAUGGAUCAGCUAGACAUCACAAAAAAAGCAAUUGAUGCACAGAACCACAAGGACCGCGUCGAGAUCCAAGAGCUGAACCGCCUCAUUCGUGAGCAAGAGAAACAGCAGAAGACCCUUACGCAAAAAGCGAGGAGGCUCGGUGAGGAUGCGGGUAUCGACAUCAAGUGGUUCACAGAGCACCAGCGUGAUAAGAUGAUGAAGAUGCAGAACUACAAGACGGAGGUCUCUGUCGCUGAGCUGGAGGCGCGCACGCGCCUUGUGGAUCACGAGGUCAAGGUAGCCAAAUUGCUUGCUGAAAAGAAGGGCGCCGCCAUCCUCGCGCUCACGAAGCUCGUGGAGAAGCGCCGCUCCACCAUUGAUGACAUCGAUUCCUUGUAUAACGAAAUCCGCAUCGUAGAUCGCGACACAACCGUCGCGAGCGAGGAGCUGGCCCGGGUGAAUUCUGACAUCCAGGAUGCGGACGCGUGGCUUGAGGAGCGGCUGAACCCGGCCGACUCGGUGGCGUGCAAGGUCAUUGAGGAGGACUCCGCCACGCUCAAGGAAGAGAAGGAGCAAACGGUGAAUGAGCAGCGCGUCCCUCAGGAACGCGUCAUCAAGGCGCAGGACUACCGUAUCGCGCAGCUGGAGAAGCGGAUGAAGGUUAUCGAAAAGGCUAUCAAGAACAACGGACUCUCUCGCGAGGUCGACAAAAUUGUGGCGCACGGCUGGUCGCAGCGGGAGGUGGAGGUGCCAGAAGAUCAGGAGGAGCUGUACGACAUUGAGAAGAUCAUCCCGGCUCAGGAGAAAGUCCACCCUGGCAUCUACAACUUGCUGCUCACGGAGAAGGAGAAGACGGCGCGCAUUGUCAGCAUUCUCACCAUCACCGCCAAGGAGAAGGAAGAGGUCAUCGCUGCCCUCACAACCCGCCUAGAGAAGCUGGCAGCGGAGUGCCUCGCGGCGAUCCAGGAAAUGGACGACUACGCGUCGGGGAUGGUGUUUUCCGAGGAGCGGCAGCGUGUGCAGGCACUCAAGUGGGUGUGCGAGCAACGCCGGCACUGCGCCACGCUCUUCUAUCAGAAAUCACUCCUUGAAAGCGCCCUGGAGAAGGAUGGUUAG